AUGGCUUGUGUAGAGGUAGUGAAUUUAGAAAGAACACAAUAUAGUUUAGAUAAUUUUGACAUGGUAUUGGUUUUCAAAGAUUAUUUACAACCACCAAAACAUAUUAAUAGCAUUUCAAUGAAUCAAUUAGAAGACAUAAAGGAAUGGCUAUAUUCAAUGAAUAUUUUAUAUUAUGAAGGAACACCAGAUUUAAGUUGGACACAAAUAAUGAGAAAUAUUAAUCAAGAUGCAAUAGGAUUUUAUAAAAAUGGUGGUGGGUCAUUUUUAGAUAUGGAUGAAAAGGAUGAUGAUUCGGAAACACAAUCAGAUUCAGUAAGUGAAUUUGAGUCAACUGAGAAUGAGGAGAAUUAUAAUGAAAGUAGCAGUGAUUAUGAAGAAGAGGAGGAAGCUGUUAGUAUGAAAUCAACAGGUUCAGGAGAAGCAAUUGAUAAGAAAAGACAAGAAAUUAAGCAUAAAAAUUCUAAUGAUGUUCAUGGUAGUAGUAGUACAAACACAAAUAAGAAACCUCGUCAAAGUUGA